CGAUCCAGCCACCCCAAGAAGCACUACUUUAGUGCUCUUGUCCUCAUCGUUGGGGUUGCCUGGUGAUCUCGGUUAGAGUUUCAUUGCUCGCCAUCUCUUCGUGCUGUCUGGGUCUCGAUUGUUGUCUUGUUUCAUCUUGGCCUGACUCCCGUCGCGUGUGUCCCGGAGUUUGCGUGCAAUUAUCCCGGCUUCAGACAACUCGUUGCCAAUGACUUGCAGUUCAUUAGUCUCCUAUCAAAUCUGACAGAUAUAUUUCACUGGGCCCAUUUAUUCAGGCUCGCUUCUUUCUUUAACCUUGGGACGCAUACUUUGGUCUCCGAGACCGCUCCAUCGCCCCCUAGACUCCACCAGCACCGUCUUGCACUUCCGACACUUGACAUCCCUCAUUCGACAUUAUUAUACUCCCCUCCGACACUAUAGCGACAACUCGCUCUCGGUCUACGGUGCUGUGACCACUGACUUUAUUACCGCCAUCUCGCUACCUUCAAACGCCGACCACCAUGGCUACCCCCGCCGCUCUGCCGCCGCUGCCCUUCAACCCGUCUAGGGUACGAUCUUACGUCCUCCGCCUCCCUCUUUUCACACGACUUGUGCUUUUAGCGAUCCUUGUCUUUUGGUUGCUCGAGUUGCAGACGAUGUGGAGCGUGGUGCAAUGGGGGUCCGUUAUACCGGAUGAGGUUGGAUUCGGCACCAUGUACCGUCUCAACACAUAUCCUUUCAUCCACCUGGGAUUUUUUCAUGCCUUUCUAAAUGUCCUGGCGCUUACGCCCCUGUUGGAGCGGUUUGAGGCCGAGCAUGGCACGUUGACCGCAGUCGCGCUGUUCAUUGGGCCUCUCUCCACGCUUCCGGCAGGUCUCUAUAUUCUGGUUGAGAAGUUUCUAUUGCACAGGAAUACUGCUGUCGUGGGUUCAAGUGUCUGGGUCUUCCUUCUUCUAGGCUCCGAGGCUAUUCGGACAUUCAAGUCGAACCCCUACUUUAGUCUCGGAACGACCAAGAUCCCCACGUGGACGUCGCCCCUGUUUGCGUGCGCUCUUGUCUCGAUCCUUGUGCCUAAUACGAGCUUUCUUGGGCACCUGUGUGCUAUCUUGGUUGGGUACUUGCUCGGACUUGGAUUCCUAAAGAUCUUCGUUCCCCCGGAGAAGGUUCUGAGAUGGAUUGAAGGCAAACUCAAUCUCCUUGGAAGACUGCCCCAUUAUGUGUCAGUGGACCAAAAGACGUACGGUCGUUAUGGUGUCCUUCCAACAACGACCACCGGUGGUGAAAGGGGAACCCCGAUGAGCUUCCUCGGCUCGUCGCAACGCCUUGGCCCGUCCCCGAAUGCCUCGCAUCUCAUGGCCUUGAAAUCUGUGAUCCGCAAGUUGCGGAGUAACCCCCACUUUCUCUUCGUGCAUCUACCUCACAUCCUUUCUUUCAUCUGCAUCGUCGCCGGCGUUGUCUGGCUGCUCCUCCUUCCCCUCAACGAUUACUCCCGGCAAACCUACAUCUCCGAGAACGCGCUUCUCCCCGGUCAAGUCCAUGCCUAUUUCUCCGGCAGCGAGCAGCACAUCUUCCGCGGAUACAAAAAGGAGCUAGAGGGUGUACUAACAGCGCAGACCGAGGAUGGACAAGAGGGAUGGAAUGACGAUUUCACACCAGCGGUGUCGGAUAAGAUUCAAUCGAUUCUGAAGGCCACCGGGCUGAAAGUUGCCACGCAAAAUUACAAGUACACGUCGUCCGGGAUCACGCAUCAGGGUCAGAAUGUCUACUCGAUUAUCCAGGCGCCGCGAGGGGAUGCUACGGAAGCUAUUGUGCUAGUUGCGGCUUGGAAGACGGUGGACGAUGAGCUGAACCUGAAUGGUGUCACUCUUGCACUGACUCUGGCGAGAUACUUUAAGCGGUGGUCGCUAUGGUCGAAGGAUAUCAUCUUCUUGUUCCCGCCGGACAGCAAAGCAGGCACGCAGGCGUGGAUCGACGCUUACCAUGAUAUGCAGCCAGCUUUUGUACAACCCCUGCCGUUGAAGAGCGGCGCGUUGCAGGGCGGCUUGGUGAUCGAAUACCCGUUCGACCAUCGGUUCGAGUCCCUGCACAUCCUGUACGAUGGCGUCAACGGCCAGUUGCCCAACCUAGAUCUGUUCAACACGGCUGUAUCCAUCACCGGUGGGCAGAUGGGCAUUGGAACCAAUCUGCAGGAGAUGUGGGAUCACGAUGACAGCUACGAAAUGCGGUUGGAGACUAUCAUGAGGGGAAUGGUCAAGCAGGGCUUCGGUUAUGCGACGGGUCCGCACAGCAGCUUCAUGCCGUAUCACAUUGAUGCUAUCACUCUUCAGACGAAGGGCGAUGGUUGGCAGGAUGAGAUGGCGCUUGGCCGCACGGUCGAGAGUCUCUGUCGCAGCUUGAACAACCUCCUGGAACACUUGCAUCAGAGUUUCUUCUUCUACCUUCUUAUGCAGACCAACCGCUUCGUCAGCAUUGGCACGUACCUCCCCAGCGCGAUGUUGAUCGCUGGCAAUUUCACCAUCAUGGCAAUCGCCCUAUGGCUCCGAACGGGCUAUUACCCAGGCGCCCAGCAAAGCGCUCAAGCCGCGAAGGUUACGAAAGAGCAAGCCGCAACAGCAACAGAGAAACUCGACGACAAGCAGCCACCGGCCCAACCAGACGCCAGCAACAUCAUAGAACGACAACUCGCCCUCCCACUUACCCUUGUUGUCGGCCUCCACCUCCUGGGGCUAAUCCCCCUCUACAUCUUCAACAACAUCUCUCACCAGUACUACCCAACAGCAACCUACACUAGCAUCCUCGCCAACUUUAUCCUUCCCCUCCUCCUCGCCGCCGUCCUAUCCCAUGGCCUCAACCCCAACCCCCAACAAUACCUCCUCAUUAAAUCCUUCUCCCUCCUCAUCCUAGGCCUCUUCCUCUCCACCCUCGCAACCCUCAACUUCUCCCUCUCCUUCAUGAUUGGCCUCCUCUGCGCACCCCUCAGCUUCGUCAACCGCAUCAACCCGCACACCACCUCCCGUCCUCUCCGGUAUAUACUUUCCACGCUGGGCGUCAUCUUCCUGAGCGUUCUUUCCCCGCCUGUGGUCCUCUUAGUGGCGUGCAGUUACUUCGGGGUCGAUCUGGAGACCGUGCUGACGCAGGCGGCCUUCGGGUGGGAUGUUUGGGGCGUGUGGACGCAGGUCGUUGUUUGGUUUUGA